AUGCAUCAUCCAGGACAGCUAUACGCUUUGCUUGGGGUACUACUGACUUCCUCAGUGUACGUCUCUGGUAUAACGACCCUCAAUGUCACGAUCACGAAAGAGACCACGGUUGACAUCCCUGCUACUCUGGGAGGAGGAUAUAUGUGGGAGGAUAUCAACCAUAGCGGAGAUGGAGGCUUGUACGGCACGCAUACGUUUGAAUCCUCUGCAUGUUGUGAACUCCUGCAGAAUCGAGCCUUCCAAGCCGUAACUCCAGGGAACAUAACCUCGGCUCGCGUUCGUCUUCCUAACGUCUGUCGAAUCCUCAGCCUCACUUCGUGGAUAGCGAACGGUACCGAAAUCUCCGUCGUCAAUUCUACUUCAGGUGUUUACUCUGCCCUUCCAAAUAGUCUGCAAGUCGUCAUACCAGCCGAUGCUACGGGGCCCGUCGGAUUCGCUAACACGGGAUACUGGGAGCUAGAUGGUGAUGCGGCGAAGGGAACAACGUUCUGGUUUGGUAUGUUUAGCCUGUUCCCGCCGACGUUUAAGGGGAGGGAGAAUGGGAUGAGGAUAGACCUGGCGGAGGCUAUGGCGGGGACGAAGCCUAGUGUUUGGAGAUUCCCUGGUGGUAACAACCUUGAGGGUGUUAGUUUCGAUCAGAGGUGGAAGUGGAACGAGACUAUUGGGCCGCUCGAAAACCGACCCGGACGGCUUGGAAACUGGGAGUAUCCGAACACAGAUGGCCUUGGCUUGCUCGAAUAUCUCAACUGGGCCGAAGACCUGAACGCUACGGUGAUUCUAGGCGUCUGGGACGGUAUCUCGAUCGGCGACUAUUCAGACCUUCCCGACUGGCCGAUCCUACCUCAAGACCAGCUUCAGCCUUAUAUCGACGACGUGGUCAACGAAAUUGAGUUCAUCACUGCCGAUGCUGAGACAAACGAAUGGGGCGCACUAAGAGCGAGCCUUGGAAGGGCGGAACCGUAUGCGUUGCACUAUAUUGAAAUCGGAAACGAAGAUCAAUUCCAGGAAGACUCGUACGCGGCGCACAGGUGGAAUAUGUUCGUUACGCAGCUGGGGGCGAAAUUCCCCGACCUGGUGUUCAUCGCCACUUCAUACCCAUCCCUCGCCCUUGAUCCUGCCUACACGUACAUUGACUAUCACAUGUACAACAGCCCCCCUUGGUUCUUGACGAACGCAUUCAUGUUUGAUGAGUACCCGCGUAACGGGACGAAGUACUUCGUCGGAGAGUAUGCUGUCACUUCUACCAACGACACAGAACCGCUCGGUGUCAUCGGCGACGGGCGCUUCGCAUAUCCAACACUUCAGGGCGCCGUUGCUGAAGCAGCGUUUAUGACAGGAAUGGAGCGCAAUUCGGAUGUCGUGUUUGCGGCUGCUUACGCACCUUCACUUCAACAUAUCGCUUCGUAUCAAUGGACACCAGACCUCAUCACAUUCGAUGCGGGGAACUUGGUCAAGUCUGUAUCGUACUACGCCCAACAGAUGUUCAGCGAGAAUCGUGGGACGCAAGUGCUCACAACAGCGCCCGUAUCCAGCGCCCUUCUCUCUCCCAUCUUCUGGGUGGCGAGCCACAACAACGUGACGAACGAUCUCAUCCUUAAAGUAGCAAAUGCCGGAAAUGAUUCCGUCUCCUCGACAAUUUCCCUCGCCUUCGACAUCGAUACCUCAACUGUCGGCACCCUCACCCAACUCGCGCCCGGCUCAGACGGUCUAUUCAACGUCUCGAAUACGCUCGACGAGCCUGAAGUUGUCGUACCGGUGACGUCUAACUUCACGUUCAGUGAUGAUGCGUGUGCGGGGACGACGGGAUGCGUCUUCGGGAUGGAGUUCCCAGCGAUGAGCCAUAAGCUACUGUGCGGAUUUGCUCUUGGACAAACGCUCCCAUGA